ACAUAAAUCUCGAUUAAAAAGUCGUUAUAGUACAAAAAUAGAUUUCGUCUUCGGUCUUAAAUGAAUGCAGUCUUUUUAUUGAUAUUGACCUAUAACGUUAAUAAAUCCAAGGUUAAGUAGGGACGUUAACCUCUAAAUUCUAGAUGGGAACAAAAUACAUCCAGUACGCGCGCACUUGGCACAACUUCUCGAAACCAAUUAAUUUCUUUUCCACGCAUAAAUCAGUCCAACAUAUUUUACCAAUUUAAUCAAUUUUGCAUACAAAAUAUUGAAACUUUCGUAUUUACCAAUCCCCCGUCGCCAAAAUGUCGGAUCACCGACCAGCAGGUAAGACAGAGUUGGUCCUCAGCCAGCGAUAUUUAUACUGUUCUAAUUUUCGCAGACCCUCUCGAUCGAAGCUUCAAAACUGUUUCCCCCGAAAAUAUCGAAAAAGUCCUCAUCGAUCGAUCGUUUCAUGUUUAUUAUUCGUAAACUGCAUCUUGUCACUCUAUGACAAUUAAGUUACAUUUUAGAAAAGACAUAAACGUAAUGUUUCGUUUUUCGAUCGAUUAAUCGGUGGAUGCGAUUUAUCGGUAUAUGAUCGAUUUGGGCAAGCGAGUCAUGGUGGUCAUCCAUCACGCUCCAUUUCUUGACCAAUUGCUUUCGAUGAUCGGCUAUGGCCAGCUCGGCGCCAAAAAUAAUUGCCAGAGCUCUGCGAUUGCAAGGCAGAAGGCGAAACGAGGGCGUUUCUUCCUCUUCGUCUUCGUGUGUACGUUUCUGCGUCGCUUUCCUGUGAAGCUUUUUAUUUUGAUCGUUCGGCUGGUUUGCGUUCGAGUGCACAUGGAUCGGUGCAACAAUGAGCUCCGGGGAAAGGCAAGCACCGAAAGUCGGGUGUCGGAAGAACAGGGUAGCAGCACGACCUCGCCCUCGGAGGGCAGGCACGCCGACGGGACAUCCGGCUCGUCCGUCCUCGUGAUGGGCAGCACGGACUCGGCGGGCAGCGCCCACAGUGGCGGCCCUUCCUGUGGCCUGGUCAGCUCCCUUUUCCCGAGCAGUUGUCGCGGACGAGCAGAGGCCUUUGCCAGGCGUCUCCAUCGGCGAUUGACGUCCCUCGGCGGCGAGGAUGCUUCCCAGCGGAACGAAGACUCCACGAAACCCAAGGAGACAUCCUGGUUACGUUCAUCCUCGAACGCGAAGACGAUGGUCAACAACGCUUCGUCCAAUCACGUUUUGCAACAUCAGCCUCGUCACAAUCCGAACACGGACCUGUCUUACGACUUCGAUUUGGACUUCGAAGACGGUCUUAGUUCGCCAGCCGAGGAAGCCACGGCGGCGGAAGUGGCGGACGUGUUUGUCAAUCCUGAAGUACUGAAAAAUCAUCAUGACCUGCGUCGAAGUUCACCGAACGGUUCGAAAGCCACGUUUUCCAGCUUGGAUUCAGAGUCUGGUUACGUGUACGCGUCACCUCUAAUGGAAAGGUCUCUGGACAGUGACUCGUCAGAUAUUUUCUUCGAUCCGGAGUCAUCGGACGUGGAGAAACCGAAGAACGAGGUGUUCUUCGACCCCAUAACCACUUCCGACAGCGAAAUGACUACCUCGAAUCUUUCCAACGGCUGCGAGCCGACGAAGAUGAAGAACAUGCACCGCAGAGCGCUGGAAACGAAGGCGGAACGUUUCGAGGACACGUCGGAAUCGAGUUCUUCGAUGCUAAGAAACAGUUUCAGUAACGAGGAAUUACAGAGUAACGAUCUGAUGUGUAAUUCGAAAGACUCGAACGAGAGGAGCUCCUUGGAAACCACCUCGCUCAGCCACGAAUCGCUCUGGAGCACUUUCGACGAAAGCACCAUGUCCCUGCAGGACGAAAGUCCCUCCAGAAUUAGCCCCGGCUUAAACGCCCUUCCGAAUCGACUUCCCAAGUCACAUUCCGAUUCUGAGAUACCUGUCCACGGACCUAGGCUAGUGAUUUCACUCGAAUUGGAUAGGAAUGGUGAGAAAAUCGAGCAGACGGUCGACGAGGUUGAUUUCGUUAACGGGAUCUCAGAGAAUGGGAAGCUGGAGAAUAUCAAGAACGUAAGAAAUCUGGAAGUAAAAGAAGAGUCUCCCGAAUCCUCCGACAACUCGAACGAGGAAGAUCUUCCUUACGACGAAGAGACACCGAAAACGACGGUGCCACAAUCGAACGAUGUCCAUAGUUUGAAAGUGGAAGAAAUUGUUACCAACGAGCCGGAGGAUGGUUCAACGUAUAGCAGUAUGAUCAGCAUUCCUGGUGCUCUCACUUUGGAGUGUCCUACAGGAGAAAGAAUAACGGAAGUAACGAUGAAGAACGAGGUACAAUUACAAAUUGAGAACGGGUCUGUGCUGAACAGCAACGACGAGGACAAAAUGUGUCUGUUGCUAAAGAAGCUGGCUACCGAUUCAACUGUCAAAGAUGACACUCAGGAGCCUACUCAAAAACCUCAGGAGGACGGUAUCGAAGAAGAGGAAGAAGAAGUUAGGCCACAAAAGAUUAGACGGUCCUCGUCCUUGAAAACAGGGAAGACGCCACCAGGAACGCCUGGAAGGAAAAAGAUCGUCAGAUUCGCGGACGUUCUCGGUUUAGACCUCGCCGACGUGCGAACGUUCCUCGACGAGAUUCCGAAGAUCCCUAACUCAGCCUACAGUGAUCUAAUUUACGACGACAUCUUCCAGAAGGAUACCAGUCCGAUAAACAGCAUCCCAAAUACAUGGGAAGAUAGGUACAUAGAAAGCAGACGAGGGUCCGGCUGCGCGGUACCUUCUCGUAAACUGGACAGAACGUUGGUGCCUUUGUUCCAACAACCUGGUGGUUUGCCUAAUUUCCUGGAUCUCGUACGCGAACGCAGAGUCUGUCUGGAGAACGUGCUCGUUCAAGAUCCUAUCUCGCUGUGCAUCCAAGGCACGGUGCGCGUGAUAAAUUUGGACUUCCACAAAUCGGUGCAUAUCAGAUACACGUUGAACUCUUGGAAAAACUUUAGCGAUCUGCAAGCAACCUACGUACCGAACUCGUGCGACGGUUUCAGCGACAAAUUCUCGUUUGUUCUGUAUUGUCACACGCUGUCAGUUGGGCAGAGACUGGAGUUUGCGGUUCGAUUUCAAUGCAAAGGUGAACAGUACUGGGAUAACAAUGCCGGGGCCAAUUACUGCUUCCAAUGUUUGCCAGCGUCCUCUGCUAUCGGUUACAUACCGAUCACAGCACAGGCGAAUCAACAGCAUGACUGGUCGCCGAUGUUCUACUGAUGGACGUGCUGGCCGUUGAUGUUUGCGCGGGUUGCUAUGUGGAGACAGUGAUGUUUCACGGAGGCAAGGAGUCUAAAGUGGAUCCGAAUAAGGCUAACAAGCGACAGACAGAAAGAGAGGGAGAAAGAGAGAGGGAGAGGAAGUCUACGGAUGAAUAAACGUUCCUAAAGUGUACCUACUGUACAUAACUGUUCUAAGGAGCUGUUGAAGGAACGAGAGGUCGGAUCGAAAAGCAGGGAUCGCACUGGCGUCAAUUAUUCUUUCCUGCCAUCUCUCGAGGAGCCUUUAAGUGGACUGGAAGAACUUGACGCACCUGUUAGACUGAUAUUUUUUACACGUUAGUUGUUCCUUGUUUACGCUGAAAUAUACAGGGUGUCCUAAAAAUUACUCUGGGUUCUCCAUGACAAAGCAAAACGGAAAGUCUUAUAUCAGUUUGCGGUCUCUUCCAGACGCAAGUCAAAAUAACUGAUUUUGGAUAGAUGUCUUUCCACACACAGACACUGUCACUCUUACCUCUUUUAAUAAACAUUAAUGUACAUUUCUGAUCGUUGAUUACUUGCGUAUGUGUACAUCUACACAUAUACAUUUGUUAGCUAGGUACACGUGUCUGGUCGUCUAAAAUUUAACAUCUCAGAAGUUAAAAGAUCACAAACUUAUAAAAGAUUUUUCAGUUCGCUUUUUUGGGUUAUGGCCGGUUUUGGAACAUUCUGUAUGUCACAAAUAAACGUCUCGAGUGAGCUGCACACAGCUGGCUGAAGAACAAAAGACAAACCCAGGCGCUUAACCUGAUCUUCGAAAGGAAAAUGGAGUACGGCUUCUGGUAUUUAAAGCGUCUUUGGACUGAUUGAGGAGAAUCAUUCGGGGAAGAGCAUGGAGAGUAUUUUCACGUUCCUAGAAAGUACCUAAUUAUACAGACUUCACAACUGAGCCUAAUACGUCUGGUAAGACUUAUUAAUGGUACAAGAAAUCUUGAGAUGGUCGACAGCGAACGACUCUGUCAUUCUGACAGUGUUACGAUUAUGAAAUAUAUAGGAGAAAUUGUUCGAUGGAAUGAAACGUCUUAAGAAAGUUAUGAUACUGCUUUUCGAGAGUGCACAAUUGAAGGCUCCGUUUAUCUCUUUGUUUUGUUAAUUUUAACGAUAUCUUACUUCUAAUUUUAACAAUAUCUUGUACAAAUACUCCUGAAGUAACUCAAUAAGGUUGAAACGACUAGUAAAGUUGAAGCGAUAUCUUUGUUCAUCGAAAACAUAUCCGUUCAGCAAACUCUGCAACGACCAAUCUAAUCUUCGUCAAAGUUUUAUCUCUUUUUUUAUAGCAUGUUUUCAUCCUAGUAGAAAAUAGACUUGGUUUCAAAGUUUCUUCUUCGAUCAAACUGUUCGAUUUGUGCCAAUUUGAUCCAGUGCCAUUACAAUUCACAAAAUCGCUUCGAAACACACAUAUAUGCGUACAGUUUUUUUUUAAUUGUGAUAAUUUAUAAAUGUGGGAUAUCGUACUGCCUUUUGGCGUGUUUUAUUUUCUUAUUGUGUUAUUUGUAAAAUUUUAAUUUCUUACCGAAGAUUUGCUACAAAUCACGGGAAUAAGGCCUGAUUACUCGCAAACGUCGUUACUGCGUGUAACGAUGAUUGCGACUUAUUCUAUACAAAUAUACUCGAUGUACAAAAAUGGGGCGCCAAAAAUGCGACGAAAGAGUAAUAUAAUCAGACAUUUAUGUACAUAGAAUUUACGUUUUAUUUUUAUUUCAAUGUUGACUAGCUUUAUAAGAUAAUUCGAUUCAAAGAUUUAUUUUUCGUUGAAAUCGUGCGCGCCCAAAAACACGAGCGUACAUUUUUUAAAUAAUUUAAUUAGGAGAAUCAUGUUUCGUUCAUUUUUGCGAAGCCCCAUCAACGACCAGAAUGAAUAACGAACUAAAGUGUGCGAGAAAGAAUAAUAUAUCAUCGUCAACGUAACUCGACGUAGACAUUUUUACUGUCUCGAGUUCAGCGUGUAUAGACUGAUUGCGAGUCAAAAUGAAAAAACAGCUUCGUGCGAGAUCACCUUCUAUAGAAACUGCAAUUAUCGAAUUAAUCGAGUUGCUACGUGACGUUUGUAACCCUUAGCUGUUAGUUUUAGGUGUCCAAAGUCGAACGUCAGACCACGUUAACGACGAAC